UUUUUUUUGACUAUCGGGGACGAUAAGCUCACCGAGACGGCUGCGAUAAGCUUGAGUGGGUCCGUUCCCCACCACCUGGCAUCACUAAGACUCUCUCUACACAGCGUACUCUGUACAUUUCCAGAAAAGCCAAGAAACUAAAAGCUGGUCUACAACAGUGCUCGGCACAUCAACAACUACCAGUAUGCCUGCUGUCGAGACCAUGAAAAGGACGGAUACAGUUGUUUGAAGUCCAAUUGUAUCGGACCAUUCGCUGGGAUCGGCGACUCGACCCUUGGUCCUAAAGCGCCUUUUGUGUAGCAGCGCCGCCCAAUCUCAAGUAAAAAAGGUCCUAAGGUCUGAACAUCUCUUUCUUUCGAGUCUUCUUCCAUUCAUACAAGCCACCGGUGUCAAGCCUCCAAGACCUUGACGCCGCACCGAGGCAUCGGGGUGGGUUGCGCGCACUUUUAUUGGAGACGCGGCAUAGUCGAACUCUCCCCGCAUGGCUGACGUACCGAAAUGGCACCAUUGACCGCUCUGGUUUGGUCCUUGAGUGCAGUGUGACUGAGGAUCGAGAGACGACGUCUGAGGGAGAAUGCUGGAGAUAUCGGGAGUUGGUGGUAUAAUACGGUCAAUGACACCAGAACACAACAGUGUCUGUCCGGCUUUUUGAACAGAAUACAAAUGACCGAAAGCGACUUGUGCCGGUAUGAAUACAACACAUUUGAGAAAGGUGAAGCCAGUUUCCGAGCCGACAAGCGUGAAUUCACAUCCCCAUCGGUAGGGCAUUGCCUCUGCCAAAUAUGGGGAGGGGGCCAGUCUCAGACGCGGAGGCGGAGGCGGAGGUCAAGACGGCUACCCCAGGAAUCCCCACCUUUGAUGUCCCUGUAGCUCCAGAAUGAACCUCGGCUCCGGCUCGUCCCAUCAUCCAUCUACCGUACCAUGAGACCAGACACUCCUCGUUCAAAAGGGAGAAGAGAUCCAUGCUGUUAACGUCUUCUCCAUCUUCUGCACCUCUAGACUCACCAAACCAAACGUGCCACUUCGUGACGACGUGCACUAUUAGUAGCCUCUUCCCCUGAACCACCGAAAAUAUGACGUCCAGAGUCCCAGCCAUCGUCUUGGAUCGCCUCAGCGAUCGCGCAAAGGAGGCCCUCGACCUCGUUGCUAAGUUCGUCGAGGAAGAAUGCAUCCCCGCCGAUCCGAUUUUGGAAGCCCAGAUCGGUCAGGGCGACGAGAGAUGGAGCCAUCACCCGGCCAUUGUCGACGACCUCAAGGUCAAGGCCAGGAAGCUUGGUCUUUGGAACAUGUUCCUGCCAAAGGGCCACUACAAGGAAUCCCCCGGCUUCACGAACCUCGAGUACGGUCUCAUGGCUGAGUGGCUCGGCAAGUCGAGAGUCGCCUCCGAGGCCGUCAAUUGCGCGGCACCCGAUACCGGCAACAUGGAGGUCCUGGCCAAGUAUGGAAACGAGGAACAGAAGAACAAGUGGCUGAAGCCUCUAAUGGAAGGCCAGAUCCGCUCUGCGUUCCUGAUGACAGAGCCCGAUGUCGCCUCCUCGGACGCGACCAACAUCCAGCUGAGCAUGCGCAAGGAAGGCAACGAAUACGUCCUCAACGGCUCGAAAUGGUGGUCCAGCGGUGCUGGCGACCCCCGGUGCUCGGUCUACAUCGUCAUGGGCAAGAGUGACCCCAACAACAAGGACCCCUACAGGCAACAGUCUGUUAUCCUCGUCCCCGCGGGUACCAAGGGUAUCACGAUCCACCGCAUGCUUCAGGUUUACGGCUACGACGACGCGCCCCACGGGCAUGGCCACAUCAGCUUCAAGGACGUCCGGGUGCCCGCCAGUAACCUCGUCCUCGGCGAGGGUCGCGGCUUCGAGAUUAUCCAGGGCAGACUCGGCCCUGGCCGCAUCCAUCACGCCAUGCGAACCAUUGGAGCGGCUGAGCGCGCUCUCGAAUGGAUGCUGAUGCGCAUCAACGAUCCUACCAAGACGCCCUUCGGCAAGCAGCUGCGGGAGCACGGCGUCAUCCUCGAGUGGGUGGCCAAGUCCCGCAUCGAGAUUGACGCCGCUCGCCUCGUCGUCCUCAACGCCGCCAUCCGGAUGGAUGACCUUGGCCCCAAGAAGGCCCUCAAGGAGAUCGCUGAGGCCAAGGUCCUCGUCCCGCAGACGGCUCUGACGGUCAUCGACCGCGCCAUUCAGUCAUUUGGCGCGGCCGGCAUUUGCCAGGACACGCCGCUGGCCAGCAUGUGGGCCAAUAUCCGGACCCUGCGGCUCGCCGACGGCCCUGAUGAGGUGCAUCUGCAGCAGCUCGGCAGGAAUGAGAACAAGAGGGGCAAGGAGGUUACGGAUAAGAUCCAGUGGCAGAAGCAGAAGACGGAGCAGCUCAUGGUGCAGUACAAGACUAAGACGAUGCAGCCGGGGGCCAACAUCAACCGGUCCAGGCUGUGAGGUGUGUCGGCUGUUUGUCUUGUAUAGCUCGAUGAUUUAACAAACCCAAUGUUGUGUACAACACCAAAACAGAAGAAAAAGUAACAACCCUUCCGAAUGCCGGUAUCCGUUAGCGAAUGGGAAUGUAGGUAGUCUAACAUGAAAUGCGAUUCUUCAACGGUUGGCCCGCC